AUGGGAGAACGAUCCCUUCUCGACGAAGAACGAGCUCUCCUCGCAGCUACUGUCAGAUCCGCGGGGAAUUCCAAAAGCUUGGCUCGAGGAAGAGAGAUCCACUGCCAGAUCCUCGCCUCCCCGCACGCCCACAGCAGAUUUCUCAGCAAUCUCCUCAUCGAGAUGUAUGGGAAAUGCGGCAGCGUCGAGGACGCCGAGGCCGUCUACGAGCGAAUUCGCGAGCCCAAUCUCUUCACCAACAACAUCCUGAUCGCGUGCUACGCCAGGAACGGGCAAUUCCACCGCGCGGAGUCUCUCUUCGAUCUGAUGCCCCAGAAAGAUUCCGUGUCGUGGACAGCGAUGAUUACGGCCUAUUCCAACGCAGCAAAGAUCGACCUCGCGAAAAAUCUCUUUGAUCGCAUCCCAGACCCCAGCCCAGAGUCAUGGAACGCCCUCGCCUCAGCAUAUACCCAAAAUGGGCAAUUUGAUAGAGCUCUCGAUCUUCUCAACAAAAUGCCCAAUAAAGAUUUGGUGUCAUGGAAUUCUAUCAUAACAGGUCUAGCCCAAAGCGGGCAGAUCGAACUCGCGAGAAAGAGGAAUUCCACAUCCUGGAACGUCCUCAUCACGUCAUACACAGAGAGGGGAGACCUCAAUCGUGCUAAAACUCUUUUCGAUUCAAUGCCCAAGAGCGAUGAUCUCACUGCCUGGAACUCAAUGCUCGCCGGCUAUGCCGCACGGGGCAAUCUCCAAGAAUCCAUCGCCCUAUUCCAGCGAAUGCCCGCGAAAGAUACCACCUCAUGGACCAAUCUUGUCCUUUCACACAUCAAUAGGGGUGAUCUCCGCGGCGCACAAACAGCAUACCAGCAAAUGCCCCAAAAAUCCACACACUCAUCCACCACACUCCUCACCGCUUUUGCCCAGCGCGGAGAUCUCAGCUCCGCCGAAUACAUCUUCACCCACAUAACACCCCCGGACACGGCCGCCCGCAACGCGAUGCUCGCGGCAUAUUCGCUCAACGGUCACCUGGAAGAUGCCCGGCGAAUAUUCGACGCCAUGCCCGACCGGGACGCUAUCUCCUGGACCUCGCUCAUCUCCGCCUACGCCGCGCGCUCGGAGGCGCUGGUGCUCUUCGCGAGGAUGGAUCUGGAGGGCGCCGCGAUCGAUCGAGUCGCGCUCGUCGCCAUCGCCGACGCCUGCGCGGAUCUCUCGCGGGGGAGGAUGAUCCACUCGGAGAUCCGCGCCAUGGGCUUCCACCGCGACCGCCGGGUGGGCACCGCGCUGAUCACGAUGUACUCUCGGUCCGGCAGCUUGGAAGAGGCGGCGUUGAUCUUCGAGGAUUUGCCCGAGAGAGACGCCCAGUGCUGGAACUCGAUGAUGGCGGCGUAUGCCCAGCUCGGGCAUACCAUCCAGGCCGUCCGUCUCGCCCAACUCAUGUGCCUCGAUGGUGUGAGAUGGGACGGAGUGACGCUGCUGUGCCUCCUUUCGAGCUGCAGCCAUGCAGGAGCCUUCCAGAUCGGGUACGAGCUCUUCCGCGCGGCAAGCACGGAUUUUUCCGUCGCAAGGGGCGCGGAUCACUACGGCUGCAUGGUCGAUCUCCUGGGACGAGCCGGAUGGAUGGAGCAAGCCCAGGAGCUGCUGGACUCGAUGCCUUUCGUGCCAGAUCUCGCGGCCUGGACGAGCUUCAUAACUUCCGGAGUAACACAUCACGGCACCAAAGUUUCCAGAUCUGGCCAAGCCAUUGUUUCGCAAAGCUGA